GGGAAGUGAAACUGUUUCACAAUGUUUGAAGAGCGUUUCUGGGAAGUCACUGGUGUUCUCAUCAUGACUGCGAAAAUACUUCUGAUCCUCUUCGUGUCCUUGACAGGUGUGUGUCCCCGGAGCUCCAAAGUGAUAUAUGUCAAGGCAGGUGAGAUGGUGGCGCUGUACUGCACCCUUAAUAAAGGUCAUAAUCCUGGUGCUGAAGUGAUCUGGACCAGUUACACCAUCCAGGGGAGGAAUCUGACCAGCAGCAUGUCAUCAGCUGAGCAGAGGCAGAUGGGCGUACUGGUUCAUGGGAGGAGUCUCGUGAUUCUCAGUGCCACUGUAAACCAUCGGGGGAACUACUCGUGCUCUCUAGGGAAUGCCAGCAGCCAGUUCUGGUUCAGCCUGGCAGUAUGCACAUCACAGUCCAGAGAGUAUGAACUGAGGACCCAGUACUCUACAACAUGUUACACCCAAGAGGCCUGCACAUUGUAUUGUCCUGAUGUAAACGUACCUGCGUUAAACAUCCCGAAUAUAACCAGCAAUGGCAUUAUAUGGCACAAGGAGGGUGAGUCAACGCCAGAAGGCCGUUACUUCUCAAGUGUGGAAGAGCACAACCAGGGUAUCUACACCUGUACCAGAUCUUACCUGUAUUAUGAUCAAAUAUAUAACAUGACCUUCACAUUGCGCCUUGAUGUCCAACCAAGGGGUGAGAAAAACACUUUUAUUUCAAUAUGUUUAUCUUUAUAUUUAGAAGAAAAAAAAGACUUCAUAUGUUUUCUCCUUUUGUGCACAGGAACUUUGAAGUAUUCAUCGAUCAGUUCACCACACAACAGUGAUGUAAUUUCUGUAGAUUUGGGCUCACCCGUGGUGAUUGAUUGUAAGGCGUUUCUGUAUUCAGACUUUGACGAGGUGUUCUGGUUACGCGGGAAAUCAUUUGUGGAGACAAACACCAGCUUCCCGGUUUUCUACAAUUCCACACGGAUUGAAAUUAAUGCUGAAGAAAUAACGAUGACAGCAUCUCUAGUCUUCAAAAAAGUGUCAGAAGAGGAUCUCACAAAGAAUUACACCUGUAGGCUGGAUACUGUAACUGGACCCUCGAGCUUCGUCACCAUCACCUUGGCCCAAAAACCUCGCCCUUCUUACGUUGCCCUGGCACUUGGCAUUGUUGGCAUUGUGAUGGUGGUUUUGACAGUUUUCUAUGUGAGGUUAAAAAAUAUCAGCAUGCAUCAAAAAUAAGGCUUUUACCUUAGACAACUACCCAGGGUGAUAAUUGUUUAAAGGCACCUUUUUUAAUACCUAGCCACAUCCUCCAUCCUCCAAAUAAAAAGGGGGCAGCGUUUCACUUCUACUACUGGGUCCAUAUAAGCUAAAUAUACAGUCAUCUGUUAUAAAUAAUAGUUGGGGCAGUCCUCUGGGAUCAGACCGCCGUUAUAUAUGUAGGUUAGCAUGCUAAUUUCAGUAGAUAUCUCUGCAACACAUAAACACUGUUACCUCUUCACAUUCUGUUGAUAAUGUCAGGACAAAAAUGCUGCCAUAAUUUUACAAAUUGUACCCUGCUACUUAAUUUAACAUACUUAUUUAUGUCAUUUAUUUAUUUAUUUUAUUAACGUGUGCUCGCCACUUUACUUUAUAUGUUGCACUUGUUCAUACUUGUCUGUAACUAUGUACAUUUCCCCAUUGUGGGGCUAAUAAAGGAUUUCUGAUUCUGAUUC